ACGAUUGAACUUCCUCUAUACGAUUUACGAGCCGGUUAGCAACGUUUCAUCGACAUUUACACUAGAGUAGUGGUUCGAUAACGAAAGAUCAGGGGUCGGGAUUGAUAAAGGCUGAUAGUGGGUCCCGAUAGACGUAAGUGGUCAGUUCCUUCGGUGUCGCAGGCAAAUAAACUACAACUUUCCUCGUCUCGUGUUGCUUACACGUCUAAGAAACGCGUGUUGCUCAUUCAGGAACUAAACGUCAAUUAGUUAGACGUUUUGAUAGCUUUAUUAGAUCGGAUUUCUGCUAUUUAUCUGUGAUUAACGAGUAAUAAUGUGCCACUGAAUAGUUACUUGAAAAUAUGAACAGCGAUGGGAAUUGUCAUACCAGGAAGUAUAGCUACUUACUUGAUAACAUGGUGAUCGUGCCAUCCCCCGGAUCCAUAUGGGAUUAUCCAUACUUGAACCAGGUCAACAGAAUGAUGGGCUUGGUAUAUGGGACAGGACCAAAGCCUGAGCAAGAUUUAUUCCCUCCCAAGAUUCGAAUUCCAGAGACACAUAUGGAGAGUCCAUCGAGGUUCGAGUUGGCGAAGACCGAGGUCCAAAAUGCAGAAGAAACGGAACUGGGUGAGGUGAAGGUGACGCCUCCGAUGAGCACCGUUGCGACGUCGACGCCCGUGCAGCCAGGGAGUAUUCCGUGCAGAAACGGCGGCUGCAAGAGCUGGGCCAAUCGCGCGGAAUCGAGAAUGGAAAGCCCUUGGCACUUUCUCAAAACUAUCUUCCUUAUCUCAGUAAUCGUCGCUCUGGUUGUCUGGAUAAUCGUCUACACGUUUCUCGCCCAAUAUCAGAUUUUGUGAAGCAUUUAAGGGCACCGAGAAACUUGGAUGGCCGAUAUUCUUCCAUUUGGAAGCGAACAAGGAAAAUUUGGGCAAUCCUUUACCUUCGGUAACGUAGAUACAUGAUAAGAUGUCCAAGAAGAUACUCUUUGAAGUAUAAGAGAAAGCUAGAAAUGUGAGGAGAGAGAAAGGAAGAUUUUUCUGUAGAAUUCUGAUACUUUGGUUGAAUUCUCCAUUUCCUAUCGAUGAAUCCGUCCUUGCACGAAGCAAUAAAUAAUUCAGUGUUCAAAAUCGUGGAUUUGUGGAAGAAUCAUGUUAUUUGCUCGACGAGCAAAUGGAAAUGUAAGAAACGUGUACUCUUUUGUGGACAGAAAGUUUUAGAAAUUCAGAGUUCGAGUUGCGUAAAGAGUAUCUCGAGGCUCCUAUUUAUGCGAGCAUAUACACUCGCGAUUAUCGGUUCAAUGACGAAAAAAUUCCCAGUGUUGAGACAUUCGACAUAGAAAAAAUUAGAGAAACUUUUGUAAUGUACAAAGGAAUCGUCCGCGAGGAUAAAAUUGAAAUGAUACUAGUCCCUGUAAUAUUUGUUCGAAUUGAAUAUUUCCUUUUAACUAAAUUAAUAGUUAUCACAAAAUUAUUGCGAUUGUAUUACACUAAUAUAUUCCUAAUCUCUUUAUAAUGUUAUACGUAAAAUGUUUGAUAGAAGGUAUUCGAUUAUAUAAUAUUGACGAUUUUUUACUAAGUAUUUGUAUAAAAGUAAAUUAAUAAAGUUAUCUUUCAGAAAAUUUCUGAAAUCAUUUUAUCUUGCCCACGUAUCUUGCUAUCGAUAAUUGUCGAAAUCUUAUUUAAUAACUGAUACAUGUACAAACAUCUGUAAUUCUCCUUUCCAUUGCAAACUAACUAGAUAACAUCAAAAUCACUUUCUCAUCAACACCGAUAAAAAACCUACUUAGAAAUUCAACUUUAUCGGGAAUUUAAUCGUCCAGAUUUUCAUCCAUCUAGUCUUUCAGACCGUCAAAGACAAUAAUUACAAAACAAUUAAAUAUUAGACUAGACCUGAACUCGAGACUUAUAAUCGCUUCCUGUCAAAGAUAACGCAUGCAAAAGUUGUUGCAUAUUCCACGCGAAGUUAUCUGCGAAUAUAUGACGCUCUACCAGCGGAAUCUGUGCUUUUACCAACGACCUGCCCAGUACGGAUACGAUCAGAAUUCUCAGGGAAGAUUUAUCGACGGACGAUCCGAGAAGAGAAAAGACGAAGGACGAUAAACACAGUUAAUGCCCCGCGAUCUCGAGGCUGUGUUUCGCACCUGAGUCAAGCGGCCUUCGAAGUGACAUUUUAUGCUUAUACCUCGGUGUAUCUGAGUCAUACGAAGUCCGUAGGAUCUUUGGUAUAAUGUUUACGAAGCACAAGAGAUAGAUCGAGGAUUCUCGUCCGACGAUUAGGAGCAAAGUUCAACGUCUGGAAGUUAGUAUUGUCGUUGCCUUAGCGACUUUCCACUCGAGUCCCGUGAUAGAUGCACCGACGGAAAUACACCUAGCCAGCAAUCUGAAGCGGGAAAAAGAGAGAACGAUUGCGCGAUAUUUGGAGAGCUUCUUGUCUCACAUUCGAGAUCCUCAGGGCGGGACUUCACAACAGAAUGAUCCCGGAAAAGAAAGUGACGUGACAAAGGAGAAUGCAACAGUGAGUGAAUCGUCGAAAAAAGAAACUACGAGUGUGCAAAAUCAGCAGUCGAAUAAACUACGAGGUAUAGAAAACACAGUAGCUAUUAGACUGACAGCUUUUGAUCAUCCUGGAUCUUCGAAGUCGCCACAAUUUAACAAGAUACCUAUCUCGAAGCCUGGUCCUAGUAAAGUGAAGAACACUCAAAGCAAAGCAACACAAAUGCAUCAAAAUUUAAGUACCCAAAGACUACAGGAAAACGAAGACAUCGACGAAGAUGACUCUUCUUUGGAUAUAGAGAAUGUUGGAAGACCACAAAAAUACGUUCUAGUCGGAUGGGACAACUUUCGUUCUAAGCUGAUGAUCACUCUACUGGUUCUUCUCGUUUUAUGGGCAGUCAUCUAUUUUCCUCUGAUUAGAAUCUGAAAUUCGAUGCAAAAAUAAUAUUUCUAUCAUUCUAUAAACAUGUUCUUCAGUGUAUUUUAAUAUAAAUAUAUGAUGUAUAACAUAUAAUACACAUAUAUAAAGUGAAUUUCUAAAGUCUAAUCAGAAAUAAAUAACUGAUUCAUAUUAGACGCAGACAUACAGGAUGUUAUUCGUUCAUGUGUAAUAAAGCAUUUCUUUAAAUGUUAUUAAACGGUAAACUUGUUUGUCACGGACCGCGAUUAUCGGAAAACUCCGGAGUGUAAAUAUGUACAUAUUUUUUCUACAAAUAAAGUAUCAUUUCUUCUAAUGAACAAUAAA